UUGAACAUAAAUACAAGCAGCUCCAGCCUCUCUUUCUCAGAAACCAGGGGCUGUCAGAGAGGGAGUACGCUGUGCUACAGCUCUCUGACAGUAACAACAACUAUGUGGCUUUAGUACUCGAGCAAGACUGAAUCAAAUUCACUCCACACGGAACCGCCGAAUUACUUCCCGCCUUUGUUUCGGACCGUAUGUUUUGGAAAUGUUUACUUAAAUGUUGCUAGCUGGCUGGUUAGCUUCCGGGUUAGCUUUUUAAGAUUGGACCGUCUUGCUAAUUCUCACGUUCCGACCGCGAAAUUCAAACCGAUUCAACCCCAAGGCAACAACUACUGCGGGAUUUUUUACAAUUUGGACCACUGAAGAUGGAGCCGGUUCACUUUUUCGGCAGCACCAGUCCUGUAAACAACGUUUUGAAAACUAGGCCCGAUGGGAUCCCCGGGCUUUCCUCGCUCACUCACCCGGAGCUGAGCACAAAGAACACGCACUGCAAGAACCUGUUCUCCCCUGGACCCGCGACUGUGUUGUCUCCUGUCACCAAUUUGGCUCUGGACAUGAACAAUUUAGCUGGACUUGGAAGCCAAUGUGAUACCCCGAAAAGGAGAAAGCACGCACCCCUUGAGAAGAUUCCCUCCUUUGCUUCUGACGUCUCAUCUGAUGCUGGCCUGGGCAUGGAUCCCCCCAGCCCCAUGGACUCUGUUGAAAUGGAGGACACAUUUGAAAAGGCCAUUCAACAAUCAAGCAGAGUUGUCAACCAAAAGAUGCCAAUUCGAAGAAUCCACUCAUUGCCACUCCAGCUCCAGAGCUUCAGUCCAUGUAUGAAGGGACAGGAAAUGGAUUCUCACCGCUAUGGGAUAUUUGGACAACAACCUUCUGAAAUCUCCUCACAACGCGACAACAAGGAGAACAUGCCGGAGGAGGGUUUUGAAUUCAAGAAACCAACCAAGCCUGUGUCACGGUGCCGCAUGCGCUCCUUUAAUGGUGGUCAGUCCAAGGACGCGUUUGCCCGCCGUCCCAGUUCAGCACCAGCCCUCAUGUUCUCUUCACCUCCUCCAAUCCAGCAGCUUGACUUCUGUGACUCCAGUCCCCUGUUCCUGAGGCGCUCCUCCCUCACUUCAUCUCUAGACGAUGAAGACGACGGCUUCCUGGACGUUCUGGAUGACAACAUGGAGAACAACUCUGGGAUGCCGAUGGGAAUGGCCAGCUUGCUCACUGCCCCACUGGUGUCUGACAGCGUAGGAGAAGACUCGCCUGUGAUUCGCUGCCGGCCGCGGAGCCUGUUCCGCUCCCCCUCCAUGCCCAGUCCGGUGUCCCGUCCCUCUAUUAAGCGUCCCGAUUGCCCCGGAGACGAAACCACGCCUGUCAGGGUGAAGAGGCGGCGCAGCCUGGCUGGAACACACGUCACCACCCUGGAACAAAACCCUGAAUCCCCAAGAAUGGGCUCCGCUCUCUUGCAGCGGUCCAAGUCCUUCUGCCAGACAGACAUUGAGAAGCUGCUGGACGGUGAGGACGGCUCUAAUGAGCUAAUAGGAGAUUUCACCAAGCCUUUUAUACUCCCCACAGUGGAUGGCAAACACCAAGACCUCAAGUACAUUACCUCAGAGACGAUGGUGGCAGCUGUGUCCGAUCACUUUAAUCAUCUAGUCGAGCGACUCAUCAUCAUCGACUGCAGAUACCCCUACGAGUUUAUUGGAGGACACAUCAAGGGCGCUCUGAACCUGCACCAGGAAGACCAGGUGGAGGAUUUCCUCCUCAAAACACCCAUCCUCUCAUCCUGCCCGGACAAACGCGUCGUCAUCAUCUUCCACUGCGAGUUCUCGUCGGAGCGCGGCCCUCGAAUGUGUCGCUUCGUCAGGGAGCGAGACCGCGCCAUGAACGAGUAUCCUAAACUCCACUACCCAGAACUCUACAUCCUCAAGGGCGGAUACAAAGACUUCUACCAUGAGUUCAAGCCACAGUGUGAACCAGAGUCCUACGUGCCCAUGCACCACGAGGACUUCAAGGAGGACCUGAGGAAGUUUCGCCUGAAGAGUCGCACCUGGGCCGGGGAGCGCAGCAAGAGAGACAUGUACAGCCGCCUGAAGAAGCUGUGAGCGCCUCCUCUAACACACUGCCUCCCCCCUGAACAGACUGAGUAAAAAACACUCCUCUCAGAGCCUGAGGCCUCGCACCACCAACGAGGAAAUUGCUUUUGGGAUUCAGCCGACUGAAGGAGAUCUCCAAGUUUCAUUUAACUAUAGCAAAGUUAGUUAUUUAUGCAAAUUUUAAAGAGGGAAAGACGUGAAAUGAUCGCGCAGUGAGCAGAUUUCAUUAAGGUGAUCUGAAGCAAUGUGAUCUGUUUUUAAAACCACUUGGACCUACUGCCUGUUUUACCUUUUUUUUUUAAUUUUUUUUUUUUUUUUAAUAUAUAUAUGCUGGCAUUCACAGCACAAUCACUGCCGGAUUGCAAUAAUACAAGUAAACCACACUGCCAAGUCUCUGUCUCCUCUUUGGAUAUGUUUUUAUUUUCCAUUUGUCAUUUCCUUCCUUAUUUAAGCACUUAAUUUAAAUACCUUGAAAUGGUGAGGUGCUUUUUUUGAUGCUGAUUUCGUUAUUUUUCUUUUUAUGAAUUGUUUUUACCCCCCUGUUUCCACUCGUUUGUUCGAAGUGUGCCUUUCUGUAGGCGACUCAAAAUGCAAAUUGGACAUUUUUAAAAGAAGUUUAAGAUUAACGCAGAGCUUUUUGUUUUCUCCUUCCUGAUCAGUUGCAGUACACGGUAACUUUGUGUUCUCAGAAGAUGCCAAAGCAAACCAGCUACCUGUUAACUUUUGCAGUGAGAUUUUUUUUUCUGAUGCUGCAGGUCGGCAAGUGUGAGGAUUUUCUUUUGUUUUGCUUUUGAUUCCUUAAUUUCGAGAGAGAGAAAAUGUCUUCCGCUCUGCGCAGCUAAUGUCAGUUUCUAAUAAUUUGGGUGGUUUUUGAAUAUUUUGGUACAGGCUUGCGGGGGAGCUGCUAAAAUAAAGAGCUAACGUGUGUUCAAAUGUGAAGUAUGGCAUCUUUUAUUUUGC